GAAGGACACCUCGCGGUUGAGGAGAGCAGUACAGUAUACUACCAACGGAUAGUGUUAAAUAAUUGAACAGCAUGAACAAUCUGCGAAUUAUGCUCUUUUACAUUUCUGUUUGUCUUCACUCUGCUCGCGGUAAGUGAAUAAAUGAUUUUUUUUUUAUUGAUUUCAUGGCAACUGUCAAGGUCUGUGAGCGCAAUUGAACACCAAUAAAUCUAUGUUUACACGAUGAUAGAAGAAAUGUAAUUUUUAGUCGUUUUCAUCAAGAAUGAAACUAUAAACCUUUGAAAUUAGGUAACACGACUUGAUACUAAGUUUUCCCUGGUAUCUUCUCGCAUGCGCGCUAUCAGGGCGCCGGUGAUGCUGGUGCGCAAACAAAAAAUAUAUAAAAAUAGGGGCGCGCAGUAAAUUUCAUAAAUAAAAAAUUUGAAGACUUUUACUUUUUUUUUAAAUCACUUAUAUUUUACAACGAAUUAAUUUACUACACUAUUUGUAAUGGAUGCUCUUAGCUUAAUGGUGAGUCUGUCAGUGUCAUCAGUUGACAACGCCGACAGCACAAUAGGCAAACAUUUAAAAAAAAAAUAAUUUCAACUCUGCGGACCGUAUAAUGUGUCAAAGUUAAACAAAUUUCUUGAAUGACCAGCCCCCCCCCCCCCCCCCCCCCCCCCCCCCUAUUUGUUUAAAUUUUUAUGAAACUUUAUUUAAAAUCAGUGAUAUUAAAACUGAACUAAAAUUAGAAGAUUUGAAUUAACACAUAUCUUCAUGCGCAUCGUGGUUUCCAUUAACUCGUCUACCGUUGUUCUCCAAUGAAGUGUAGUAUGAUAAAAACUAAAUUUAGAUAAUGUGCCAAAAUGCAUCCAUGCAUUUUAAAUUUAUUUAAAAAACAUAGCGAGGGAGCUAUCCUUCUCCCGUUUUUAAUAAUAUCCCAUAUCCCACACACACUUUUUUUUCUUUUUGUUAGGGAGAAAUAAGUUAGUAUUCUACAUUUUUCUUCCGCGCUCCGACGAUCAAAGUUACAGUGAAAUUCGUUUAAAGUGACCGUUAUCGAUAAUCAAAGCAACAGUGAACGACGAUCAGAGUUAUAUAAUUAUGUCCAGCGCUCAUUAUGUGUUUAAACCGAGUCAUUGUUAGCAAGAGGUAAAAUUAAAAGCCUAUUACUUGCUUUACAAACAAGCAUUCGUCAUUAAGGAAAUAAAAUCAUUCGAAUUCCACCACAUAAUCUUACUUGUCUGUGUUUUUUAUAAUGGGAGGAUUUCUGAGUUGAAUUAUUACUGAUCAAAGUUUUCAAACAUACUUUUCAUAAUGUUAUUUCAUUGUUGUUUUUUUUUUAAUUAUGAGACUGCCACACCAAUGCUAGUACAAUGUCACACCAAUGCUAGUACAAUGUCACACCAAUGCUACUACAAUGUCACACCAAGGCUAGUACAAUGCCACACCAAUGAUAGUACAAUGUCACACCAAUGCUAUUACAAUGUCACACCAAGGCUAGUACAAUGCCACACCAAUGCUAGUAAAAUGUCACACUAAUGCUAGUAUAAUGCCACACCAAUGCUAGUACAAUGCCACACCAAUGCUAGUACAAUGUCACACCAAUGCUAGUACAAUGUCACACCAAUGCUAGUACAAUGUCACACCAAUGCUAGUACAAUGUCACACCAAUGCUAGUACAAUGUCACACCAAUGCUAGUACAAUGCCACACCAAUGCUAGUACAAUGCCACACCAAUGCUAGUACAAUGUCACACCAAUGCUAGUACAAUGCCACACCAAUGCUAGUACAAUGCCACACCAAUGCUAGUACAAUGUCACACCAAUGCUAGUACAAUGCCACACCAAUGCUAGUACAAUGCCACACCAAUGCUAGUACAAUGUCACACCAAUGCUAGUACAAUGCCACACCAAUGCUAGUACAGAUCAAAGUUUUCAAACAUACUUUUCAUAAUGUUAUUUCAUUGUUGUUUUUUUUUUAAUUAUGAGACUGCCACACCAAUGCUAGUACAAUGUCACACCAAUGCUAGUACAAUGUCACACCAAUGCUAGUACAAUGUCACACCAAUGCUAGUACAAUGCCACACCAAUGCUAGUACAAUGUCACACCAAUGCUAGUACAAUGUCACACCAAUGCUAGUACAAUGCCACACCAAUGCUAGUACAAUGUCACACCAAUGCUAGUACAAUGCCACACCAAUGCUAGUACAAUGCCACACCAAUGCUAGUACAAUGUCACACGCUAUUUAAAAAAAACGCACAAAUAAGAAUAUAGUAGAAGUGUAGCUGCUAUCAACAAAUCAUCGCAGUCCGAUUGCUAACAUCGAAUCAUCACAGUCUGAUUGCCAUCAUCGAAUCAUCGCAGUCUGAUCGCUAUCAUCGAAUCAUCGCAGUCAGAAUGCCAUUAUCAAAUUAUCACAGUCUGAUUGCCACCAUCAAAUCAUCACAGUCUGAUUGCUAUCAUCAAAUCACCACAUUUUGAUAGCUAUCAUCUCAUCAUCACAGUAUGGUUGCAACCAUCAAAUCAUCACAGUCUGAUUGCUAUCAUCAAAUCACCACAUUCUGAUAGCUAUCAUCUCAUCGUCACAGUAUGGUUUGCAACCAUCAAAUCAUCACAGUCUUCCUGCCAAAGGUUUUGACCACUGCCAUGUUGAACUAUUUCACCUAACUUUGUCUGACCCCAUAGUUCAUCUUCUAAUCAUUCACUGCGUUAAUGUUUAGAAGUUGUUUUUUCCUCCUUUGCUUUAUUUUUCUUUUUACUGAUGUCAUUGACACAAGUGCUAACCAGUUUUUAACCCAUGGGUUCUCACAUUAUCUAUCAGGUGACAGCAGCAGGGACUGUGUCGUCACCGCUGAGGAGAGGGCUCAACCCGAAUCUUCCAGUACUCACGGGACGCCCGUCAGGAUGGCGCAGACUACAAGUGGGAGAUGGACAUCAGAGGUUACCGCGUCGUCGUGGCCACAACAGCGCAACCUUCUCAAUCGCAAGGUAAUCGGUCUUUCUGCUCCACACCUGCCCUUACUCUGCGACUCAACAUGAAGGUUUCCACUACUCCCAUUCAACUGUUGCAUUACAUUACAAUGAUAACGAUCGCAGAUCGAUGCCACGUUAUCAAUACUUCUUUGUCCCUGUUCUCACGAGUCAUACAUCAAUAUUAAUUUUUUGUUGGAUUGUUUUGUGCGUUCUUGUUUGGAUCUGAGAGUAUUUGUGUAGAUGUUGCUAUGUGCUUUGCAUUUUGUGACGUAUUUGGGUAUGAAAAAUGGCGUUAUUGGGUGUUUAAGUUUUAAGCAGCAGCGAUGGAGUAGUUUGUACUGGAGGUACAGAAGAAUGAAAGAAGAAGAAGACACGCUGUUUAUUUAAUAAGGAGCUAUUGAACUGAUUAUCGAGUUCACAACUACCAAUUAUUUCUCAUAGCUUAUUACGAUAUAUCUAUAUCUAUAUAUAUUUAUAUAUAAGGGGCAGUCCAUAAAGUACGUCACGCUAUUUUUGACCAUUUUACCCCCAUUCCCCUCCUGUCACAAGCUGUCACUAAUCUUGGACCCUCCCCCCCCCUAAAGUUCUUCACACUUUCGAACAAUUUUUUUUUUUAAUUAACACCUAAGUAAAAUUUAAUCAAAAACCCACUUCACUAUUAAACUGUAUUAAAAUAUAAAAUUUCCACUUAAAAGAACUAUCACAUUAUUAAAAUGACUUUAAUAGUAAAAUAGUCACUAGCGCUCCUAGCGAGAGGAAUCGUGAACAACACAUUCAGGAGAUACGCAUUUCAUGCUAUUUUGAGAUAAAACUAAUUCAAAUGUUUCACAAAAUUUGUGAAAAUUGUUUUUAAAGCUAUUAAAUUCUACUAAAAAAAAUAAAAAUUAAUGAAUUAGAAAUAAUUUUUUUUAAAAUAAAUGUGUGAUGUCACACAUGGGUCACAAACUGUCACACUUUCUUACACCCCCUCCCCCCUUUGGAGUGUGACGUACUUAUGGAUGGUCCGUAAGAUAGCUUUUGUUAAUAUAAACAUUUUUUCCUCAGGCUUUUUUGCCCUUUCUGAACCAAGCUCUACGGCCUUACCUGGAUGGCAGGACUUGUACCUGUAUGUGACGUCAGUCACACGGUUCAUGACCUACCUACAGUGCUCAAGUUUAUACAAGACUAAGGCCUAUAUGCAGAUGUACGGGUAUUGCAGGCUUGUCAUAUUUGGUAAAUACGCUUGACCUACUUUCAUUUGGAGGACAUAUUAUAUAAUCAUUCGAUUGGUGGUCUGUUGUCAUGUUGAACGGCUUACAAGUCCAUCGACUACCACCUCCCCUCAAACUACCACCUCCACGCCAACUACCACCUACACCCCAACUACCACCUCCACCCCAACUACCAUCUCCACCCUAACUACCACAUCCACUCCAACUACCGCCUCCAUCCAAACUACCAUCUCCACCCCAACUACCACGUUCCCCCAAACUACCACCUCCAUUCCAAUUACAACCUCAACAACAACUACAAAUUUCACGAAAACUUCCACUUCCACCCCAACUACGACCUCCCUAAUUACCCCCCUCCCCCACAACUACCACCUUCCCAAUUUUAUUAAAGUCAAUAAUAAUUAUUAAUUGUUUAAACGUAUUAACAACAUGGUUUUAAUUUUUUUUCUUUUUAAUGAAAUAGCAAUUACAAAUUAAUUUUGAGGUUUAAAAGGAAUAAUGGAGCAUUACAAACCUUUGGAUAUGUGAACUAAAACAUUGAUUGGUAACAGAAAAAUGUUAAGUCUUACGUUAGUAAAAUAUUGUUGGUUAGAGCUUAUCACAAAUAAAAUGAAUUGUCUGUUUACAAUUAAAAAAAAAAACUGAAGACAUUCUACCAAUCUGAAGGCAAGGUAAACUCGUCAUACAAAAGGAAGCCUCUCUUCGACCUCAAGAAACAACUCCCACACAAUAAACCCGAUCUUUGACCCCCUUACACAAAGACCCCCAAACAACGACCAGAAUACCACGGCCUACGCACAACAAACACACGAUAUUACCCCACAUAACAACCCCCAAACAACGACCAGAACACCACGGCCUAUGCACAACAAACACACAAUAUGACCCCACAUAAAAACCCCCACACAACGACCAGAAUACCACGGCCUACACACAACAAACACACAAUAUGACCCCAAAUAACAACCCCCAAACAACGACCAGAAUACCACGGCCUACGCACAACAAACACACAAUAUGACCCCACAUAACAACCCCCAAACAACGACCAGAACACCACGGCAUACACACAACAAACACAUGAUAUGACCUCACAUAACAACCCCCACACAACGACCAGAACACCACGGCCUACGCACAACAAACACACAAUAUGACCCCACAUAAAAACCCCCACACAACGACCAGAAUACCACGGCCUACACACAACAAACACACAAUAUGACCUCACAUAACAACCCCCACACAACGACCAGAACACCACGGCCUACACACAACAAACACACAAUAUGACCCCACAUAACAACCCCCAAACAACGACCAGAACACCACGGCAUACACACAACAAACACACGAUAUGACCCCACAUAACAACCCCCAACAUAAUGAUACCCGCACAUCAUCUCACACACCACGACACACAUAGAACGAUCCCUGCACGACGAAGUCCACUUUGCGACGCCCACACAACGACCCUCCCCCCACACACACACUAAGACUUCAAUCUUGCUACGUCUAUAGUACUUUUGACUUUAAUACCGACGUGUUGUUAAAAUUGUGCUCCGUUUUAAUGAGAGUGUUUGUUACGUCUUGCUUGCAGUCAGACCAACAGUGCCUGUGUGUGUCGCGCCUCGUUUUGACCAGAACGGACGCGUGAUGGAAAUACCAUGUCAUACGUCUGUGUAUCCUCAAGGCAUAUGCAACUUUACUUAUGAGGUAUGUAUUUGGAGCAAAGGAAUGAGACGUACCGAAAAAGAAGACAAAUUCAGCAUUAAUGUUUUAACCAAUGGGGCGACUUAAAAUGUCUUUAGCCAAGGGGGUGCCUUUAAGUGGCUUUACCUCAUGGGGCGCCUUAAAUGGCUUUAAAAAAAGGGAGCAAAGAAUGAGACAUACCGAAAAUGAAGACAAAUCCAGAGUUAAAGUUUUAACCAAUGGGGCGUCUUAAAAUGGCUUUAACCAAUGGGGCGUCUUAAAAUGGCUUUAACCUAUGGGGCGUCUUAAAAUGGCUUUAACCAAUGGGGCGUCUUAAAAUGGCUUUAACCAAUGGGGCGUCUUAAAAUAGCUUUAAACAAUGGGGCGUCUUAAAAUGGCUUUAACCAAUGGGGCGUCUUAAAAUGGCUUUAACCAAUGGGGCGUCUUAAAAUGGCUUUAACAAAUGGGGGCGGCUUUAAAUGGCUUUGAAAAAGGGGACAUCUUUAAAUGGCUGUAACCGUUUGGACGCCUUUGAAAUUGCUUUAACCAAUGGGAAGCGUUUUAAAAGGCUUUAACCAAUGGUACGCGAUUUAAAUGACUAAAACCAGCGGUUCUCAACCUUCCUAAUGCCACGACCUUUUAACACAAUUUCUCAUGUUAUGACAACCCCCAAACACAAAUUUAUUUUCGUUGCUACCUCAUAAUUGAAGAGUAUAUGUGUUUUCUGAGGGUCUUAUCAGAUGCUUGUGAAAGGUCGUUCAAUCCACAAAAGAGUCGCAAGCCACACGUUGAGAACCGCUGGCUUAAACCAAUGGGACGCCUUUUAAAUUGCUUUAACCAGUGGGGCACGUUUUAAAAGGUUUUAACCAAUGUGACGCCUUUGACAUGGCGCCACGGUGUUAAUAUUCAUUCAGGAGCGGAUGUAAGAGAAAUUUAAUGACAUAGCCAAGAGAUAUCAAAUUGUUUUAACACAUGCAAGAAUUUAUAAACAAAUAUCUAUAUUUAGCAACUUGAAAAAACAAAUUAAAAGAAAUUUAAAAAUAGCACCCAACAACGAUCAUGAAGCUAGGUUGUAUUCUCUAAUCAAUAAAAUAGUUUCAGUUUGUUAUUGUGCAUACUCCGUAAGCCAAAUUGUAAAUAUUUAUUCUGUUUGACUUUAGAUAUAUUUUUUAACUAGAGGGUACGCAACAAGAAUCAUGGAGUCAAAUGGCAAAUAUAUUUUACUUUUGCAUCUCCGUAUCUCUACUCACACCACUUUGGUUAUAACAUCUCAUUGACUGUGAACUCCUUGCCGUAAUGUCCUAUACGUUUAUAACGCUAUGCUGAACUCUUAAUCUAAAACUUUGAAUCGACGUCAAUGUCUCGGAGCCUUAUCCUGUCGCAAUGUUUUUGUUCGUGGGCGCGACAUUAUCGUCUUCAUUUGUGUAGGAAAAUAUUAUAUAUAUAAAUAUAUGUGAUUGGUUUUUCUUAUUCACUAGAAUGAAUAUGGACGAGCGCCCACUGAGGGUUACGAGGUCAAGUACAGUAACAUGUACUCGUCCACCACUGGGCUGUACACGACCACGUGUACACUGAUUGUACCGUUCGCGCACAUCACGUGGAACACGAGCUUCACAGUGGGCGUGAGUGCCGCUCCUGACAUAAAGGACCACCAGGACUACACGGUCAACAGGGCCAGGACCUUUCACUUGUCGAUAGGUGGGGCCACAGUGCAUUGUAACACUGUGUCUUGCAAAACUGUCCAUUGCAACACUGUGUCUUGUAACACUGUGUCUUGUAACACCGUGUCUUGUAACACCGUGUCUUGUAACACCGUGUCUUGUAACACCGUGGCUUGUAACACUGUGUCUUGUAACACCGUGUCUUGUAACACUGUGUCUUGUAACACUGUGUCUUGUAACACCGUGUCUUGUAACACCGUGUCCUGUAACACCGUGUCUUGUAACACCGUGUCUUGUAACACUGUGUCUUGUAACACUGUGUCUUGUAACACUGUGUCUUGUAACACAGUGUCUUGUAACACCGUGUCUUGUAACACUGUGUCUUGUAACACUGUGUCUUGUAACACCGUGUCUUGUAACACCGUGUCUUGUAACACCGUGUCUUGUAACACCGUGUCUUGUAACACUGUGUCUUGUAACACCAUGUCUUGUAACACCGUGUCUUGUAACACUGUGUCUUGUAACACUGUGUCUUGUAACACCGUGUCUUGUAACACUGUGUCUUGUAACACCGUGUCUUGUAACACUGUGUCUUGUAACACCGUGUCUUGUAACACUGUGUCUUGUAACACCGUGUCUUGUAACACUGUGUCUUGUAACACUGUGUCUUGUAACACUGUGUCUUGUAACACCGUGUCUUGUAACACCGUGUCUUUUAACACCGUGUCUUCUAACACCAUGUCUUGUAACACUGUGUCUUGUAACACCGUGUCUUGUAACACUGUGUCCUGUAACACCGUGUCUUGUAACACUGUGUCUUGUAACACUGUGUCUUGUAACACCGUGUCUUGUAACAGAGUCUUGUAACACCGUGUCUUUUAACACCGUGUCUUGUAACACUGUGUCUUGUAACACUGUGUCUUGUAACACCGUGUCUUGUAACACUGUGUCUUGUAACACCGUGUCUUGUAACACUGUGUCUUGUAACACUGUGUCUUGUAACACCGUUUCUUGUAACACCGUGUCUUGUAACACUGUGUCUUGUAACACUGUGUCUUGUAACACCGUGUCUUGUAACACCGUGUCUUGUAACACUGUGUCUUGUAACACUGUGUCUUGUAACACCGUGUCUUGUAACACCGUGUCUUGCAACACUGUGUCUUGUAACACUGUGUCUUGUAACGCCAUGUCUUGUAACACUGUGUCUUGUAACACCGUGUCUUGUAACACUGUGUCUUGUAACACUGUGUCUUGUAACACCGUGUCUUGUAACACUGUGUCUUGUAGCACCGUGUCUUGUAACACCAUGUCCUGUAACACCGUGUCCUGUAACACCAUGUCCUGUAACACCGUGUCUUGUAACACUGUGUCUUGUAACACCGUGUCCUGUAACACUGUGUUUUUAACACUGUUUCCUCUGUCAAUGUGUCUUGAAAAAUUGUGUCUUGUAACACUGUAUCUUGUAAAAAUGUGUGUAACAAGACUGUUUUUUUUUUCAAUUUUGUUCUAUCUUGUAACGCUGUGUCUCAUAACAUUAUAUCUUCGACACACCUUGCUGCUUGCGUUACUCAAGUAUAUAAACAGCCUGACCAACACAACUUUUGUAAAGCUAUAACACAGCUGUUCAUCUGAAACUCACAGUUAUCCACAUUGAACCCAAAGUUAUUGAUAUAAAAACCUGAGUCAAGACGACAUUUUGAAUUUUUUUUUUUUAAAUACUUUUCUCCCCACAGUUAAACCAAGCGAGCCUUAAUGUGACAAACCAAAAGUUCAGGGAUUUGAUCCGUUCCUUGAAGUCACCUGCAAAAGUGAUGUUCUUCCCUGGGGAAUUUGUGAAUUCAAUUUCACGGUUGGACUGGUACGUAUUGGGCGCUGCCUGGAGGAAUUUUAUUUUUUUCCAUUUAACAAGUGUCGUUAUUUGAGUUAAUGCCAACCGCGGUGGGGCACGGGUGGGACACGGGUGGGGUACAGGGUGGGGCACGUGUUUUGCCGUCCCUUUCCACGACAAAAACAUCUGCAAUUAGCCGAGAAUUUUGCCUCUCAAUGUGAAGAGAAAUGAGACGAAGCGUGUGGGCCUUUUUCUCCGUACCGCUUUCCCACGCCACUGCGUAACCUGUAAAACACCAUAGCUGUGGUUCUCAACCUUCCCAAUGACGCGACCCUUUAAUAGAGUUGCUCGUUUUGGGGCGACCCCAAAACAUAAAGCUAUUUCCGUCGCUCUUUCAUAACUGUAGAGUGUAUGUGUUUUCCGAUGGUCUUAUGCGACCCCCUUGAAUGGUACCCAGGUACCGCACUGUUUGAGCUAACUCAAUACACACACCUGAGAGAGUAAUGGAUGUAGUGUUAUUUGCAGAUUUUUGCUUCUGAGCGGUCGCGAUGGGGAGCAGCUCAGUCUUAUCAUCAUUUAAUUUGAGCUUGAUUAUUAGCCGAUACCGUUGCUUGGUUACGUCCAAGUGCAGCUUCAAAUUGAGAAAUAGUUGUCGUAAGGCCGAAUCCUUUCAGAGGAUUUUACCAAACAUAUCGAUGAACUGAAAACUAUGUUCCAGUAGUAGUUCAAAUAAAAUUUUAAAAAUGUAAGUAUUCAAAUUAGUUUUUUUUAAAAUAUUCUGAAACAUAUAGUAGUAUAUGAGUAGUAGUGUAGGGAUUGAAACCUGUUAUGUUAUUUGAAUAAAUUGCACUUAUUUAAAUAAUUUUUUUAAGAUGAUAAAAUUUAUUUUAAAUAAUUUUUUUUUUUUUGAUUCUUGAAAUAGCUUCAAUUUUUUUGUUUAACAAUCUCAGCUACAAGUUACUACGGAUCUCCAUGACUAUUGCUGUAGUUGUGUUUGUUAAGAUUUCGAUGUUUUUGUUACUUUGACUUUAUGGGAACAUUCUGCAUUAGUUGUGAUUGAUGAUUAUCUUUGUGUCUGUCAUUUUUUUUUUACUUAGAGAAAUAUACGUUAAGUACCUACUGUUUGUCAAUGUAUUUCUCAAAGUAUUUGUCAGUGUAUUUGUCACAUUACGUCCAAAAUUAUUAGUAACAUAUAUGUUUGUCAAUGUAUUUCUCAAAGUAUUUGUCAGUGUAUUUGUCACAUUACGUACAAAACUAUUAGUAACAUAUAUGUGUUUGUCAAUCUAUUUGUCUCAUUACAAAAAAAAAAUUUAGUUAGAUACCUAUUGUUUCUCAUUGUAUUAGCCAAUAUUUAUUUGUAAAGCUCAAAUUAGCUCCAUUUUUUAACCCAUGGUUAUAUAGCUUAAACGAAAUGUCCUUUGCGGGUCAAACUUUCUUUCCCCCCCCCUCCCCUCUCAGAGCGACCUCGCAUAGUGUCCUUCAUGGCCAACCAAAAAAACGCCAAGUUUGUCAGCCUCGCCGUCGACGACAACCUGCAACUCGCGUGCACGGCUGCGGGAAAUCCCGGGAUUCAGCUCUACCUUGUGAAAGACGGCGGUCAAGUCCUGCACACCCUCGACGUCCCCAACAGUCUCCUCUACGUCAUAGACGUGGUCAACUGUAGACAUUCAGCUGAAUACGAGUGCCGCAUGGUAAAUGAAACGGCCGGCAGUCUGAAUGUAACCGUGUCUGUUCUUUUGGGCCAAGGUAAGAAUCAAGAGAACCUGGUCCAAAAAAAGAAGUGUUGUGGCCCUCUCAGUGUUACAAAUAUAUAUAUACAUACUAGAUGUAGCCCGCCAAACAUUGGUGACAGCAAUGCGUGAACUUCCCAUCUACUAAACUGGACAAAAACGUGAACUAAAGUUACGCACAUUUAAGAAUGCCAAUUUUGCUACACCCCUUCACCCCCCCCCCACCUUUUUUUUUUCCUUGAUACGUCACGGCACACAAUUUUUUUUCACGCCGACCCGCGGCUUAGCAGAUCCGCGAGCUGGCUGGCAAGCAAGGUUGGUGCAGGGGGGGGGGGGUGCGGUAGCUCCACAGCGUGAAAUCCCCAUCUACAAAACUGGACAAAAACGUGAACUAAAGUUACCCACAUUUAAAAAUGCCAAUUUUGCCACACCCCUUCCCCCCCCCCCCACCUUUUUUUUUUCCUUGAUACGUCACGGCACACAAUUUUUUUUCACGCCGACCCGCGGCUUAGCAGAUCCGCGAGCUGGCUGGCAAGCAAGGUUGGUGCAGGGGGGGGGGUGGUGCGGUAGCUCCACCGCAGUGCGUAUGUCUCGAGACCAACGAUGAGCAGGUAAUUUAAGGGAGGGGGUGGUUUGCCUGCGUCUUGCUUGCUCUGGAGUAUCUAUAUAUAGCCUGCGUUGUCUUGUUCCUCUUUUUGUUUGCCCUACUUCUUCUGGCGAAUUACAUAUAUACAUUUUUUUUCCAGUUACAUUUUUAAAAUAAUUUUAUCAACGGUAUUUUUUCCUCUGGAUAAAAAAAAUUUAUGACUGUUCCCAAUGAAACGAAUUUCCAAUGUUCCCCUCUCCACCCCUUACCCCACCCACCCACCCACCCACACCACUCCCACCCCCUCAAAAAUUAAAAAAAAAAUUAAGUAAAUUAAAUUAAUACAUAAAUAACUUUAAAAAAAAAAUCAUACUCAUCUUUUCCCAUGUCACAGACUAAUAUCAAAGCCUGAAACCAACAUGUGACCCACCAGUCAUUAGUGACAUGGACCCGUACGUCAAUGUGACCUGCAGGAGUAGUGUGACCCCAUUCACCAAGUGUCACGCUGUAUUUCAGGUAACAGUUUGGUUUACACUGUCAUUCCACUUUGGUGUAAAGUGGAAGGAGCAUUUUUAAAAAAAAUCAAAAUUUAAAAUUUAUCAUCCUUAUGAAUUCCCGCAAGUUGAUGAACGGGCAAUUGUAAAUAAUUUGAGCUGCUGGAUUCUGCGUGGCCGGGCAAUCUAAUCUGAGAGAAUCCCAAGCUUUUAAACUGGAACUGUUGCCGGGCAAAUCUAAUCUGAGUGAAUCCCAAGCUUUUAAACACUGGAACUGUUGCCGGGCAAAUCUAAUCUGAGAGAAUCCCAAGCCUUUAAACACUGGAACUGUUGCCGGGCAAAUCUAAUCUGAGUGAAUCCCAAGCUUUUAAACACUGGAACUUUUGCCGGGCAAAUCUAAUCUGAGUGAAUCCCAAGCUUUUAAACUGGAACUCAAUCCUUAUAAAAAAAAUUAAAAAAAAACAGCACCCCGGGUGGCUGGCAAUUGAUCUUAAGAGGUGGCAAAUUCUGAAAUCAAUCCACGAGAUUGAGGGGGGGGGGGUGCAGUCCCGUAGGCAGUAUCCCGCUGACUCAAUGAAAAUUUCAAACAACUCCUGAGAUGUGGUGCGCACCAAUAGGCACAGGACAAUGUUCUGUGUAAAUAGAAACUUUACGGCAGUGUCACCACUGUUCAUGAAAACUGGUUGACAUCACACAAUCAAUGUCGUAAAAUAGGAGCUUUGUUUUUAAAUGUAAAUGAUAAGAAGUGAAAUAUCACCGAGGCCACGAUAUGCACAGUUGCUCAUCCCAUUUGCCAGUGCACGUGGUACACCAAAUCUGUCCCUAGCAAAUAUGAUAUAUUAAAUUGCUCUUCACUCAAACAAUGUUUGUUCACCCAUCUUAUAUGGGAAGGAAAAAUAUUUUUAAAUGAAGGCCACAAAUCAUUGCAAUUUAAGAAUUUUCUUUUUUUUUUAAAAUUUUUUUAAAGGUAAUUCAGCAAUUCUAAAAUAAAACAAAUAAUUUGAAUGGCACACAUUGAAAAAUAUGAAAACAAAAGACACACAGUCUGUGUAAGACGCGCGUCACAAAUAAAGUUUAUAUUGAAAUAAAAGUACCAGCGAUGCUGUCACUUGGCAGAUUGACUCAACUUCAGAGAGAACACUCAUAAAAAACAUGGCACAUGUCAAUGAAACAUUCCACUUUACGUUGAUCCCCUUUGAUAGCAAAUGACAAAAAAUUUAAGUGAACCAGAGAGUCAACCUGAAAUAAAUAAUAUUGGUGAACCUGAGAGAAAUAUCAAAGGAACCUAAGAGAAAUAUUAAUUGAACUUGACAGAAAUAUCAAAGGAACCUGAGAGAAAUAUUAAUUGAACUUGACAGAAAUAUCAAAGGAACCUGAGAGAAAAACCAAAGGAACAUGAGCGAAAUAUGAAUGAAACAUGAUAAAAAUAUCAAAGGAACCUGAGACAAAUAUUAAUUGAACCUGAGAGAGAUAUCAAAGGAACCAGGGAAACAUAUCAAAGGAACCCGAGAAAAAUAUCAAAGGAACCUGACACAAAUAUCAAAGGGACCUGUCAAAAAUAUCAAAGGAACCUAAGAGAAAUUUCAAAGGACCUGAGAAAAUAUGAACGGAACCUGAGAGAUAUAUCAUAGGACCUGAGAAAAAUAUCAAAGGAAAUAUUAAAUGAAUCCGAGGCAAAGAUCAAAGGAACAUGAGAAAAAUAUCAAGUGAAUCGGAGAAGAAUAUCAAGUGAACCUGAGAUAUCAAGGGAGCCCGAGAAAGAUGUGCCCUAACUUAGGAGAAGUUACCGAGGCGUGGGGAGGUUGCCACUGCCAAACCCCUAAGGCAAAUGAAUCAAAGGUAGAGACCUAGGGAACGGAGGAUGUAUGUGGAUGGAUGAUGUAGAGAAAGAUCUGCUGGGGAACCCAAGCAUGGAAAUGAAACGCAUCAGUAGCUUCCGAGUAGAAGGAUGUGGUGAGUGAGGCAAAACCCUACAUGUGCUGUAGCGACACAGGGAUGACAGAAAAACGCUAACCCAAUGUUCACACAUAAUGUCACCCGGCUUUGUCUUGACCUGGUUCACUGUAGAAUAUUUAUUUUCAGCUAAAUUAUAUAUAUAUAUAUAUAUAUAUAUAUAUAUAUAUAUAUAUAUAUAUAUAUAUAUAUAUAUAUAUAUAUAUAUANAAACUAAUUACAAGCAUACAAUAUCAAAGUCUUUCUGGCCAUUUCAACACUAAGCAACACAGCAACACAUGGAAAAUAAGGUAGACAAUCAUCCCAGAAGGUAUUUGCGAAAUAGAUGUGUCUUUAGAUAAAAUUCAUUUAUUACAUUUUUAAUAUAGAAUUAAAUCAAGCUCAUGCAACGCUAGCUUAUUAUUAAUUGUAACACCCCGAUACUUGUGUCUUGUGUACAUGUAUAUGGUAUCGAACACAGGAAUUCAUGACCCGACCAAGCUUCAUCCUUACUGAUUUUAACUUUCCACCUUUCAGUCCAAGGACGGAACCACCGCCCCCACCUCCUCGAGAGUCUUCUACACGAGCGUUACCAGGCCGAGCUACUACCUCACCGAGUGCCUCAUUCAAACCAACAUCAGCGAGCUCCUGCCCCGAAUUAACUACCAGGUACAGGUGGAGUUCUCGGCUGCUGUCAAAGGCUGCAACGCAACGAGACGGAGCGAACUGUCGAGGAUAUUUUACUUUAGUGAGUAUGGCGCGUCCCCCCUCCCUGUGUCCCUAAACCAUGGCAGUGCUGACGGAUGAACGCAAUGUGAAUCCACAUAAGUUACCAUAUUACGUGACGGCAUGCUACCCUUGGCGGUGGGCUUAACUAUUUACACAAUCCUCACAGCUCGACUCCUAUGAUAUAAGCUUGUACAAUAUUAAUAUGUCCGAGAUGAAUGGUGUCCACUCCGAAGGGACGUAACUAAUGAAAAUAAGGUAAAACGCCAGUGUCAUGACUACUACGUUCCUUUAAAACGAUAACUGGGGCUUUUCCAUACGUAAUAUUUUCCCAAUAAUUCUAGCCCCAUCUAAAAUAUUGUCUCAGUCAUAAUUUGACAACAAAGCAGAUUAAGAGAGGAAUGGCAUGACUGCACUUAAAGGGCUUGACAAAUGGUAGCUACAUGGAGCGCCCUCUGGAUUUAUUAUUACAGAUUACGCAACCGUUCGAUUAUGUUACACGCUAAACGUUGUUGUGUUGUCCCGGCCCGUGUAAAUAUAUUUUAACUGGCUGAGACGAGGAACAAUCGAGUUCAAUCCGCCUCCAGGUACUGUAGCAAUAACUAAUGCGGAAAAACCAAAUGUCGACUUUUUCCCACUUUCCGAUUCCAAACACUAAACUCUCCUUUUCAUGUGGAACCAGCUUAGUCUUUAAAAAAAAAAAAAAUAUUAAAAGAAAUGAAGAAAACCCUUGAUCAUGAUAAGUUCAAAGAUAGUUUAAAGAAUGCCCCGAAGACUGUUUCUUUGUUUGUAUGCGAUUUGGGGCGAAAAAUUGCUUUGCAAUAUCUGAUCCAAAUCAAUAUUUAUUCAUUUUGAUUAUGUCUUUUAAAUCAUGGAGUCAGUCUGUUCACGUUUGAGUAAAUCAGGUGCAUAUCCGAUUUUUUAUUCACCUUAUUUUGUAAAGUACAUCGGCUUUGAUAUUGGAAUGAGUAUCAGGGAUGUAUCUUAAGAAGAUUUUGGGCUCCUACCCCCCACCCUCAUGUUGGUGCCCGAAGAGAGUGACCCCUUCGCGCAACCCCCAACAAUCCAACCCCCCCCCCCCCAACCCAAUAGUUUCACAGGACCCUUGCAGUGACUGUUACAUGAAAGGAACUAGUGUUGGUUUAUGUAAUAAUGCAAAUUUUGAACAAUUAUUUCUUUCAUUAUAAAAUUAAUUAUUGUGGUAAAUUUCAAAAAUAUCAUUAAGACAGAUCGCGUAUUUUUAUUUUGUUUAAGUUUGUUGUCUUCAACAAGUUAAGGUGAGGCCAAUAAUUACUUGCUUGGUCUCCCAGAACGUGGCUCCUAAGUAAGUUUUAUAUAUUCGCUCUCCAAAUGUGGGGAUUAUUACCAUCCGACACUUCCUUUUUUUUUUUAUUUAUUCCAAGCGUACCUGAGAUGACCUACUUCACUGCCAACGACCAAGUGGGCACAGCUCAUUUCACAACAGGAGACACGUUGAACAUCAGGUGCAUCGCCAGUGGAACGCCGAAACCAACGAUGAGCUUGUUAGACAAUCAAGGUGUCGUCUUGUACGUCAGCGAUUUCGCCGGGACCCUGGCAUUCACGGUCUACGACCUGGACUGCACACGAUCGAACGAAUACACGUGUCGGGCCCACAAUGGUUUCAGCGUGUCCGACACAAUCGUUUCUGUUGGAAAGUGUAAGUCUAUGGUUUAUACGCAUCAAACAUUUCUUUUGGAAAUUGUUUCUUUUUUUCUUUCUUUAUAUUAAUAAAAUUAAAAACAAGGUUGUCGCAUAAAUUCUUUUUAUCCAUUUUUUACAAAUUAUUUUCUUUGAUAUUGCUGCUCUCAUGUACAAACAAACCCGCCUCUUACAUCUCAGUUUGAUUUAAACAACUGUUUCAGAAAUAACAAAAGAAAAUAUAACGCACAAAACGCAAUUGCGAUUUUUUUAUUUUUUAUAGAAUCUCAUUCAGCGCAAGUAUCGUGAAUUUUAUUUCAUCAAAUCACUGCCAUCGUAUUUCCUUCAUCUUCCGUUUGAAAAAUAUCUUUUUUUUAAAAAACUAAUAUUUUGCGCUUGUGAUGGGGAUGGGCUAAAAUUUUAAACGAAUAUGUUGUCAGCAGCAAGUUAUGUGCCAAGUUUCAGCUCGAUAGGUUGAUAGUCAUUAUUUAAAUCCCCCGUUAUUUCAAAAAUGUGUCUUUGUAUUAUAUAUAUUAUGUUGAAGUUAAUGUUCAUAUUAAAUAAUAACAAAAUAAUUCAGUUAACAAACUAUGAAAAAUAACCACGCGAACACAUAUUUUGAUGUCAUGAAAAUAAAUGCAUCGUUAACUUCUGCUAUUUAAAUAGAAAAAAUAGGUUAAAAACUUGAGAUGCAGCAGCAACGGUAUAUCAACAUUAAUAGAGUAAAUUCACUUAUUUUGCAUCCCCUGUAAUGGGUAAAAAAUUAGUCUAAAAAAAUAGUAUUUUUAUUCAUUUAUUUACAUCAAUGUUUCGUGUGUCGACAGGUCCUUCAGAACCAAGCAGUUUUGACUUUUUGCCAGUUAAAAUAGCUGUCCCUCUCAUCGGAUUGGUUGGCGUCCUAAUAGUAGCCGUGUGCUGUUGCACACGGUGGCGGUCAAAAGGAAAAAGACAAACACCAGAAAGAGCAACGGAAGUGGGACCGCGAGGAUUUCCACAAAUGGCAGAUGGAAUGCACGCUAGACCCGGGCCCCAUCAGCAAACUCCGGGAACCAUCCAAAACCACAUGUCUCGGCCGCUUCAAAAUGGUGCUUGCAGAUCAGAUAUUGUAGCGAGACCGGACUUGACACGCGAUGAGGCUUUUCUGAUUGGUAUGCACGAUGGUGACAAGGGAGCACUAUUUCUGAUCCUCGCGACUUCAAAACAGAAUCCCAGUAUGGACUUACAGCAGAACAGCUCCAACACACUAAAUGGACAAAAGCCGUGGUCACAUGUGAACGCGCCCAUCACGUCGUCAGCAGCUUACGACGUAGCGUCUUUCCCUCCCCCUCAAUACACCGAGAUCCCAACACAGCAAGCAACUCCAGGUCCUUACAACAGUCAAACCCUGGAAUACAGACUAGGCUAUUCUAUGGACGUGUAAUUUCACAAGACCGUUAAGCCGAUAUGAGUUGAAUUCACUCUCGUCUGACACCUGGUGAUGCAGCUCGGCUGGAAUAAUUAGGACUGUCCUAACAGCACUCUCCUCAAUGUGAAUCGUUGCUUUCACCCAUUGCUUUCCAUCCUACGCCGAGACAGAUCGUUUUACAAUAGUGGCAGCACUGGGUAACCCUAACUCAAUCACAUGACAAUCCGAGGGAUACCACAGUUCCAGAUCAGACAACACGACGUAGCCAAUGUCAAUACCAACACCAUCACCAACACCAACACGAAUACCAAUGCCAUCACCAACUCCAACAACAACACCAACGCCGUCAGAAAUACCAACACCAACAUUAUAAACACAUUAAGCGAUGAAGAAAAUUUACAUUUCUGAGCCUGUUUUUUGAAGUUAUUUAGAAUUAAGGGGCAUUCUUAAAAAUCUGUAAAAUGUAUAACCUGUAAAAUUUAUUACCAUCAUGUCUGGCUUUAUACAAGUAGACUUAGUCUGAUGACUUCAGUAAAGAUAAUUCCUAACGGAGUUAUAAUGCAUAAUGCUUAAAAUACUUUGCUUUCUUUUUUAAUUACAUUAUGUGCCAUAACGCGAUGAUAAAUCAUUUAAUAUUAUAACAACUAGAAAAGUUCACCCGAUGUUAUCGAGCUAAAAAUUGGUAGUAACAGAAUAACAGCUUUAGGCUUUGAGAUUGCUAUUCUCAUCAGACUCCACCACCAAUCAGUGUCGUAUUUUGACUACAUGCCUAAGGCUUAAGCCAAAACCCGGUAAAUAUCCCCAUCACGAAAAUCUAUCGAAUAAAAAAGGUAAAGGGAACUAAUUUUUUUAAACCCAUAAUAAAUAAGGUCUUUGAACCUGAACGGGCGAAAAAUAGUUUUGAGAUACACCAAAUAAAAUAAAAACAAAAUAAAAGAAAGGAAAUGUAAGGAAUUUGAGGAUCAUUUGUAGGAGAGAAACAGGAGCUCCGUGGAGUUUUACAGGAUUUUCAGUUUUUCUCCCAUUUUAAAUCCAAUAUGUCAAGAAAUAACAUUAUUGGGCCCAACCAAACAUUUAUUUUACUUGAGUAAGUAUGGUCUACCGUUUGCCCAUGAGUUUACAAUUAUUUACUUGAUGAAGCUUAUAGACCUCUGUAUGUAUGUAAUUUAUUUUUAUCAAAAGUCUUUUUUUUUUAAAAAGUCUUUUCACUCUUUAAGUGUGGUUGUUAAAAUUUGACAUAAAUCCGAGACUCGAACGUUUUAGCAACUUCUCAAGCAAACGAAAAAAAAAAAUAAUAAAAAAUAAAGAUUAACGUCCCACAAAUGUAAACAUACAAGGGCGAACGGUGGACUUAAUAUUAAACUUUCUAAGGAAAAUUUGAGAAACAAAAUAAUAAAUUAUAAACAGGAAGUUUAAUGAUCUAUAAAUACAGGUUUGCAACUAGCUGUACAAUAAAAUUACUGGCACAGUCGGCUCUUUUAACGGUAUUUACUCUUAUUCGAUUUGAUAUUAGUGUUUCAUGAUUUAUAUAUUAUGUGGCAAAUCUAACUUUCCGUUUGUCACAGCUGUGGCCGAUAUUUUGCCACAGCUGUGGCCGAUAUUUUGACACAGCUGUGGCCGAUAUUUUGACACAGCUGUGGCCGAUAUUUUGACACAAAAAGGUUGCCGACCUUGGUUUUGGAAUUCAAAGAAAAGACUUUCAUUUAUUGUGAAUCAAGGAAAACAUUACGAUCAAAUUGCACGAGUUUUAUCAUGGAGAUACAGAGCAUUACGAUCAAAUUGCACGAGUUUUAUCAUGGAGAUACAGAGCAUUACGAUCAAAUUGCACGAGUUUUUAUCAUGGAGAAACAGAAAAUUACUCUACUAUUAUACUUUUAUGACAUUAUACUUGUUAACUUGCUGUGAUGUAAGUUAAUAUAGUUAUUUUUCCUGUAAUUUUUUUUUCUAUUUUUUAUCAACUUAAUGGUGUAACUAAAUUGAUUCUUGUUACUAUCACUGGAUGUAAUAUCGUUUUUAUUUGUAUAUUGGCUUUCAGUCCUUCGUUGCGAAUUGUUCAUUAACGAGCCACAUCUUAAAACAAGACACUCAGUUUCUUUGAAGUUAAAACAGUACGCAACACUAUGUGUUUAAAAACUGCCCCAUUGAUGUUAUUACCACUCGUAAAAGUUUAGUCAACUCAUUGUGGACUAAGCCAAGUUAUCAUAGAUUAUUUUUAUUUUUAUUUUUUGUAAUCAACAUUUUUAAUCAGUCUUGGUCAUCUUUGACGAGAUGUUGCUGAACUGAGAGUCGCUAUACCAUAUAGACUUACUUCUACUGAAUUGAGGGUCCAAAUGUCAUAUGUAGACUUUCUUUUACUGAAAUAAUGGUCCAAAUAUCACAUAUAGACUUAAUUUUAUUGAAAUGAGUGUCAAAAUAUCAUAUAUAGACUUAAUUUUUACUGAAAUGAGGGUCUUAAUAUUAUAAAUUAGACCUAACUUUACUGAAAUGAGAGCUGUGAACAUCAAAUAUUAGACCACUUCUCAUGGAGAUAAGGGUAGUCAUAUCAGAUAGUAGACCCAGUUUUACUUAUAUAAUGAUCAUUUAACUAGAUAUCAGUCUAGGAAUUGAUGGAAAAAAAUUGUCACUUUAUCAUAUAUUGGACCUGCCUGCUAUUGCUGAAAUUAUGGUAGCUUUAUCAUAUUUAAGAAAUACCUUUAUGAAAUAAUUUCAUCUAUAAGACAUCUUAGAUCAGUUAUUGAUGACAAGAUCAAGCUUAAAUGACUAAAUAUCUAUAAUAUUAGAGCCGCAUUUGCUGUAAUUAUGUUUGAUUUAUAGCCUAGAAUUAGAUCUGUCAUUGCUGAAAUGAUGUGAACUAUUGCCAAUAGAAUUGGAUAUAAUUUUCUGGAAAUCUGAAUAGGCCGAAAUUUUUCAGUACUGAAACUGUGAUUACAGUUAGUAUACUUAAACAACAUUCCCUUGGUGUUCUGAAAUGUUUUUCAUUGUAAGAAAGUGUUGAGAAUCACUUCAAUAAGUCUGAGGAGCUGACCCUCUGUGG